CAAAUAACAACGUUUUAGUGUUUUUGUUACUUUGUACUUUUUGAUAAAUGCGUAAACACUAUCAAUUGCUAUAGUAAUACGUUAUCGAAAGAGUUACGUAAUCGCUGACAUCAUUAUGUAAAUAUGUACAAAAAUCAAACACUGAAACUUCUAAGACUUGUCUCCUAUCCAAAAUGCUCGAGAUAAAGACACUUAUUGUUUUUAUACUUCUAAGAUUUGUCUGCGGGGCACUAAAUACGACCUGUGAGGAACUUUGUCUCAGAGUGGUAUGCCCAGAAACAGAAUGUGAGGAUUCUGAGAAAAUAGACAACGGUUCGGUGUGCGGUUGUUGUCCCAUUUGUGUCUCUUACAAAGAAGAAGGACAAAGUUGUGAAUCGGAGGGAGUUUCUAAAAGUCUAUGUCGUCCGGGAUUAAUAUGUGUUAACGGAAAAUGUUCGAUCACAGGUAUUUCAGAUGAUUCGCAUUGUUGGAAUCUUACAAGAUUGAGAGAAAAUUUGAUAGCUGAUCAGACGUUGUCUUUUGAUGCAUGGGUACCAUCUUGUGAUAGGAAAUAUUAUAAAUCCAAACAAUGCAAGCAGCACAAGUUAUAUUUAUUUUCCCAUAUUGCAUUAAUUAAUGAACCGAANCCAAUUUGGAUUACUUGGUUUUACUUGGAUAUGAAGAACUUGGAUAUACUGUACAUAAAAUCAUGGUGUUUAAGAAGAAUUAUUUGUAUUUCAGAUGAUUCGCAUUGUUGGAAUCUUACAAGAUUGAGAGAAAAUUUGAUAGCUGAUCAGACGUUGUCUUUUGAUGCAUGGGUACCAUCUUGUGAUAGGAAAUAUUAUAAAUCCAAACAAUGCAAGCAGCACAAAUGUUUCUGUUUUGAAAAUAAUGGAAAACGCAUAUUUGGCCAAGCCAACAAAGAAAUGGAUAAAAAUAUGACUUGUGGUUGCUCUUUGACACUUUUUGAGCAAGAAAAAAAUUCUGGAACUGCUUGGAAUACAGAACCACAUGAACACUGUACAUUAAAUGGUAAUUAUGAAGAAUUGCAAUGUGUGGGAAAUGUGUGCUAUUGUUCCGAUCCUAUCUCGGGGAAGCAUAUAGGACAAGUAACAUUAAUUCAAAAUAUCACUUUACUUCCUUGUUAUGAUGUUGAAAAGCAUAGAAAGAAUUAUUUAACAAAAUGUGAAGAAAUAGUCCAACGAACACAGUUAAUUACUCACCAGUUUUCUUUAAAAGGAGUUGAAUUGAUCGGUCUGAAAGAUGUAGACUGUGAUUAUGAUGGAAGUUUUUCAAGAAAACAGUGUCUUACUGAUAAGUGUUUCUGUACAGAUAGAAAUGGUAAAAGUUUCAAAAGUUAUAGUUCUGAAAAAGCUAAUAUGAAGACAGAGAUGCUCUGUAACUGUGCCAGAGAUGAAUAUGAUACAGAAUUUAUGAGUACCCAUUAUCCGCGGCUUGAAUGCAAUGGCAAUACUGGAAAUUACAAUCAUCAUCAAACUGUUGGAAAAAAUCAAUUUUGUGUAGAUGAGGAUGGGGAGAUUCUAUAUUAUAUUGAAAAAGAAACCAAUGAUCUAGCUAAACAAUGUCUAGAGAAAUAUAAGAAAUCAGGAAUUGAUACUGAUGAUGAUGGCAAUGACAAUAUCAAUGACAAUGACAACGUCAACAACAAAAAUGAUUAUUAUGUUUAUUAUUACGAUUUUUAAUAUUUAUAGUAAUACUAUCAUCUUUUCUAACUUUAUUAUAUUAAUAUUUUCAGUUACAGUGAAUAAAUUAAAACAUUUUUUAGAGAUCAUAAUGCAAUAACAUUGAACAAUAUACAUAAUGAAGACAAUUACAAAAUUUGGUCUUUAAACACUAUGUAACUAAUACACAAAGAUAUUAAUCUGAUAUUAAUUUUCAUUUUUGAUUAUAUUAGCACAUUUUAAUUAUUAUCUUUUAAGAAAUUGCAACAAUACUGAUAUUAACACAAUAUAUAAAACUUUAUAUCUUUAUCAAUAAUUUUAAUCUAUUUUAAAGUAUACCUCAAUAGAAUUAUCUGUUAACUAUAUGUUUGAUAUGAAAAACAUUUGGCAGUGAAUGUUUGGAUUGUGUUAAAUGUUUAAGGACACAAACCACAUCCAAACAUUUAACAAUUAUAAAAUUAUGCCAAAAAUUUCAUUCAUAGUACUGACAUUGUAAUUUACCCAUGUAAACUUAUGAAAUCAACAUUUCCUUUUUUUAUGCAAUGCUCAUUUUGGUAAAACUGUGUUACAUUUAUUGUCAUAAGACAGCAUUAAAUAUUCAGUACUGUUUAGUUGUUAUAGGUAAUUUUUCUAUAGAAAAGGUAAAAUUAGCUUAGACUGCACAUUGCAAGUUUUUGUUUAGUUAUAUUAUCUAUCUGCUUUUAGAUACAAAAUAAUAUUUUAUAAACAUUAGAAAAAAUAUCUAAUUUAAUGUUAAUAAACUGAUCAUUUUUCAAGACACAUACAAUGAUAAAUUGUUGUAAUCAUCCUUUGCUGUAAUUAAUUUCAUAUAAAUAUAGUUUACUGAUUAAAAUUUUUCUCCAAAUAAAUCUGAAAUAUAUAUAAUUUUAAACCCCUCUUGUAAUCGAGUCAAAUAUGCAAAAUAUGAAUUCUAUAAAAAGCUAGACAAUGUAAAUACUGUCUAAGUCUUCUCUGAUGGUGAAAUUAUUUGUUAUUAUAUGUUAAAUGAGAAAAUUCUAAAUGGAAUAUUUAUUAUAAAAAUCAUUAACCUUUCUUCUCAAAUUUUAAUAGAAUAUCCCAAACAGUAGCCACCACCAAAUUAUAUAUGAAUAAAUUAUUAAAAAUGGCUUGUAACUAUGACUUAUUUUUGAUGUUUUUCAAAAUACUCAUGGAGACCAUAUGGUAUAAUAAUAU